AUGUUCCUUUUUCUGCCAAUAACAGUUCCCAACAAAAUCGGUCGGUCAUCAGAUUCCUUUCCUGUCAAAUCUGCAUAUAUUUCCUUUUUUUUGCCAGUCAGAGUUCCCGGCGCGAGUUUUCGGUUAUUACUUUUGCCUCAGGACGUUUGGCUCCUGCACCUUGCACCAGAUGCUCAAGAAACAUGGAAAAUCGCAACAUUCGAUCCAACUGCCUCAUUGCAGUGCCUGGCAUGUGUCCCGUGUGCUCGGUCUUUCCGCAAAGCGUCGCCCACCUUGCCUCCAUCUGCAUUGGCCAACAACAAUCUCUGUCUACCAGCACCAGAGGAACUCCAGUCAUUGUCCUUUGGGGAACAACUUUUCAUUGCACGAGGGUUUGCUGUCCGUCGGCUCCGCACAUUGACUCCUUCUGGUGACCCAGAAGCACGCCAACAAGGCAUGCUUGGCACUACCAGUGCCAUCGCAUUCCCGCAGAAUGCCGCUACAAUUUUUUCACAACUUCCAGUCUCUGCAGCGCAGGUCUCUGACUACCUGAGUGUCUUCUUCACAGAUGCAUUGCAAAGCAACUUGCAUUUCUCCAAGGAGUUCGUCGUGAGACGCAGCGCAGUCCAUCGCGCUCUGCUCUGGCUCACGCAACACAACCCUUACUAUGCUGACAUCACCAUUGACAUGUCAUCCUUGCAAGACCUUCCUGCUAACGGUGUGCCACCAGCCUGGGCUGCUCUUGCUCAAGUCAGCCAAGAAUCUUUGACCAGGGAAUUUGGUCCAGUUGACGCAUCUACUGCUGGUGGAACAGAUUCCGCAAUUCAUGCUGCUGUUCUUGACCCUGGCGUCGACCACACAGACCCUUUGCAACUUUGGAAUACUGCUCUGCUAGCUUGCGAGCGCUACGAGCGUCAUGCCACCUCCAAUGCUGUUUCUGCCGCUGCUGAUGUUCACGUAGUACAAUACGCUCUUCGAUCCCUAGCCUCCAGCAGCAACCAUCGCUCUUUCGAACAGGAUCUCAUCCAUCAGACCCGGCCCGCCCAAAGCAAAGAAAAGCUCUAUGUCGUUGUCCCCCAUGCCGACGAACCGCUUAACAGUUACGACCCUUUCUUCUGGACGGCAUGUUUCCCACUGCAAUUCCCAUACGGAGAUGGUAUUGAUGGCCAACCACGUCGAACAUAUCUCUCUGAUCAUGACUGGGGAAAACUUUUGCUCCUACGACGUGAUCGGCCCCUUCAGCUUCAUCCGAGAAAAGAUUUGGAUUUCAUUUCUGUUCUCUUUUCUGUGCUGCAUAGACGCCGUCUCCUUCGCGCAGUUCGCAUACGAGUCCAAGCCCCACAUUUCCGAGAGCAACUCCCUUCCUUUGUCAACCUUCAAGCUACUGACUGGACGCAAGUAGCAAGCACUGUCGGAGAGCAUGGCUCCAUCCCUGAUGCAUUGCGCUCUCAUGACAUUCCAAAUGCCAUGAAAGCCAUCCUUCGCUGCUUGCAAGCAGUGCAAGGACAAAUUCAUUGCACGGACGCAGCUCGACGCAUGAUGCGUGGUGAACUGACUUCUCUCAUCACUUAUUUUGGUUGUCCUUCGCUAUUUGUUACGUUCAAUCCUGCUGACGUCUUGCAUCCCUUUACCUGGCGACGUGGUUUGACAACACCUCCCACACCAUUACCACAGGUGCAACUUGAUCAGCAUCUUUUGUGUGCCCUCCGUGACGCCAAUCUGUGGCGAAUGGUCGCGCUUGAUCCGACGGCAGCAGUCGAAGCUUUCCAUCUACAUGUCAACAUUUUCCUCUCCACGUUAUUGAAAGUGGUUCCAUCCGCCCAGCAGCUUCCAACAGAUGGCAUUGCUUCCAUUGACGGGCAAGGCAUCUUCGGUCCACUUAGCGCAGCUUUUGGUGUCAUCGAACCACAGCAAAGAGGACCCCAUGUCUUAGUGCAAAACUUUGCUGCGCAACUCCCUCUUCUAGAAGAGCGACUUUGGGCAUGGAUCAACUCCAUCGUCGUCACAUCCUUCGAAGCCAUCCCCCCUAUGUUUGACUUGCCACGCUCAACGUUGGAAAACUUACGGCCCUUGCCAUAUUCCGAUGCACAGAUGAAGCUCAUGCAUCCACACUACCGGCCACACCUCGUCGCUGCCAGCGAUCAUUGGUUUGCGGCUGACCCCAACAAUUUCCUGUAUGCCCAUGAUUUCAUCGACUGCCCAUUCGCUCUCGACAUGCCUGUGCAAAAGCCUUUUGUUCCUUGGUGCUUGGACUACCUUGCAACCACAAUCGCCCCACUGCACACAGACACUGCAUCCAUGCUCCUCUACGAUCUACGUGCUUCUGUGCUUUACAGCGGUCUUCUUCACUGCUGCCAACCAAAGACGUGUUACAAGGGCAAAAUUGGAAAGAGAGGCUAUUGUAGGCUAUCUUUCUGGCAUUGGCUACCUCUUGGCUUUCAUGUCUGGGAACGUUGUCACGGUAUUGAGCUUUGCCCCAAGCCUCUGCUUGGAACCAAGCCACCUCACAUCGACGCAUUUCAAACAGAACGGCACCAUCAGUUCUUCGGUCGCAUGAACCCUAUCAUACUGGCUACUUGCAAAUGCAACCAUGACAUCUCCACCCUUCUACGUUUUCCAGCCGACUACCUCCAAUCACCCAAUCCUGCUGCAUUGAUUCGCCGACGGAUGGCUCAGAACAUGUCCACCUUGGUGUUUUAUGUCAGUUGCUACACUACAAAGACACAACCCCACCUGGCUUCCUUGUGGACCUUACUUCAUACCGCAACACACAAACUGCAGCAAGACCUCGGCGCAGCUCAUGCAGGCAUGGACCACAAAGCUCGAGCACGCUCAACCCUGUCCAAAUUGCUGAUGUCCUGCCAACGGCGUAUACACAAGUCAGUCCAAGAAAUGAUUUCUUACCUGUUGGGCUACCCAGAGGCUUAUUCUACACAUUCCUUCCACAAACUCUACUUCUACCAUCUGGCUGCUCGACUCGAGAGCUCCGAACCGUUUGAUGGCUCACACCUCGCUUCCGUCGAAGCCGCAACGCCAUCUUCAGUUCUCAUCUUCCCUGAAGAAAGCAUUCAAGCUUGCUCUGACACCAACAACCACUUCAGACAGCCUCAGUUCUAUACUCCCUCCAGUGAUGAUUAUCCUUUUCGCGGCGACGAUCUACAAGGUUGGCCCCUCUACUUCUACGCAGCUGGUGUCACACGCAUUCCGACAUCCAAAACAACAUUCAAAACUCCCGGAAACAUUCCCUUCCUACCGCAGCAUCCACGCGCAACUUCGCUUCGACAGCAAGUCUUGACAGCAACUGCCUGGAAAAUACCACAUUUGAUGGGACCGCGAAUUCCACCGGUUACAGAAGAUGCCAACAAACGCGGUCUCUUACUUUUGCUUCUGUUCAAGCCUUGGGUUGAUCUCCACCAAUUGCUUCCCAGCUCUGUCGGCUGCGCCAGCUGGUCCGAAGCCUUUGACACUUGGUUUGCUGGUCUCCUUGCUUCACUACCAUCACCUUCUACACGUGCUUCCCCCUUGAGUGCUGAAUAUUGGGCACAACGUACACUGCAUAUCAUCAACCACAUCGACAACAUGGGGCUCUCUGACCCCACAACUGCUGAUCGCGAACUCCGUUGCAAUCCUGAUGAAUUGCACGGCGUCCCCGACACCACAACCGUGGAACAUGGUCCACCUCCUGGGCAACUUGAUUCCGACUCUGACGUCAGCUGCGAUCAAACCUACGACAUAGACUACGGCGACCUGGAUCCACAUGAUUUUCCCGAUGAGCCUCCUUUCCCAAAAACAGAAACAACUGUUUUCGAUCGCAUCACCGCAUGGAUCCAAGACGGCCGAUGCUCCAACACCGUUGGCGCCAUCAACUUGAAACAAGCCGCCUACUUGCUCUUGGUUGGAGCCUGGCUGCAAGCCACACUGAAUCGUGCUUGGGGGUUUACUACUGCCCUUCCACCAUUUCAGGCAUCGUUGCUUCUCGGCGGGCCAGGAACUGGCAAAACUUUCAUCACCAACUGCGCCGCCGACCUCUUGCACUUCUUUCUGCCUUCUUCCACCCUGCAGGCUGCUUUCACUCAUCGGGCCGCACGUCUAGUCGCAGGACAAACUCUGCACGCCGCUUUGGCCUUACCUUUUGAUUUCAGCACUGCUUCGGCAUCAGCAAUUUCUUCCCUUGGUUCCCAGAAAGACGCAUUGAUUCGCCUCUGGCACAAAGUCACAACAUUUUUCAUCGACGAGGUGUCCAUGAUCUCCAACGAAAUCCUAGCAUUCAUCGAUCUGCGCUGUCGCCAAAUAUUCAAUUUACAUACUACUCCAUGGGGAGGUCUUGCUCUGCGAUUAGAUGGUGACUUUCACCAACUUCCUCCAAUCGGUGCUUCCUGCCUGAUCAACCCACCACGUGCCACUCAACCAGACGCAUCAACACCAACCUCAGCCUCUUCGCCCUCCUUGAUGCACGCUGCCGCAGGCGCAGCCCUUUGGCGAUCUAUUUCCGCAGUCCUGAUACUCGAGGAAAGCCAUCGCUGCAGAGGUCCACUGCAACAACUUCUACAGGAUUUACUUUCCGAUCAAGGCAUCUCCCACGAGUCCUGCCAACAUUUACACCAUCGACUCCUUCAAACUGCAGAUGCUCGCAUGUUCCAACCCAAAUUCCACCCCAGCACCUGCACAGUCGGUGUCAUGCGGCAUACAAUCCGUGUUUGCAAGACCAUGCAAAGAGCCCAGCAAGCCGCUCAAUCCGCCGGGCACCGGCUUGUCUUGGCUGUCGCUGCAGAUCGCAGCUCUUUCGGGAACCGCAACGUGACACUGGAUCCGACACUGGCACAGGAGGCAGCCGCAGUACACACUCUAUCUGCAACUGCAAAUCUACCUGGUUUUCUUGCAUUAUAUCCUGGUGUUCAACUUUGCCUUGAGACCAAACUCUGUCCAGAACUCGGCGUCGUUCGUGGCUGCACUGUCAUCGUCGACGACAUCGUAUUGGCAGACACUGAGCCGUCGCUUGUCGUUUCCUCGCGACCCGACAUUGCCUCCACAUCCUUUAUUGUAUUUGCCACAAGCAUUGCUCCUGCGCGCGCCAACGAGACUAGCAGCUCCUCACCUCGGCUUACCCACAUGCGGUACAAAAAGGGCACUGCCUUUCGUUUUGGUUCUUCUCAGGCAGCAAAGCUUCGACCUGUCUUCGUGUUUUUGAUCCCAGGCGGCUUCACUGGGACGAAUUGGUUUCAAGGAAGUUGGUACGACGCGGCAAGAUUUGUAGUCCGCAACGAGGCGCUCUUCAUCAGCGUGGGCUACCGCAGCGGCUUCCUGGGACAUUGGGCACAUGAAGACCUGGCCAAGGAGGCAGGGGAUGGUGCUAUGGGAAACUACGAAGCCAUGGAUCAACGUCUGGCUCUGCAGUGGGUUCAGCGAAACAUUCAGACCUUCGGAGGAGAUCCAGGUCGCGUGACCUUGCUGGGUCAUUCUUCUGGUGCUUUCUCAGUGCAGUUCCAUCUCUUGAGUCCGGCCAGUCGAAAUCUCUUCGCCCAAGGGAUUUUGGAGGGUACAGCUUUGGACACUGGCUGGUACUACGCCGACAAGGAUGAAGCGAUCAGCUUCUACCGGACCUUGGCCAAGAAGUUGGGAUGCGACGAGACGGACCAAGUCAAGUGUUUGCGACAGUUACCUCACGAGGCGUUCUACAAUGCAUCUGAGGAUCAGGUACAUCAGGACCUUGAAGAGCUGAAAAGCCUCAGCAAGUGGAGCAUUGCAGGUAAAAUUGCUGAGGCCGCUUGGUCUGCUUUGGGCUUCAAGGGUGGUAUCCAGUCAGUGGGCUUGAAAGUGGGCGAUCUGCCCAUCACGGCUCCGCCGCUGUGGCCGGCCUUGCCCGUGAGCUUCGUGGUGGACGGCUCUCCUCGUGGCCUUCCAGCGCCGCCGCGGCAGCUCUACGAAGCGCAACAGGUAAAUCCAGCAAAGGUCUUCCUGGACCACGGCACCGAUGAGGGCACCAUCUUCGCCGGUCUGAUGUAUGCCGCGUAUCCCUGGUAUAAGGGGCCUGAGCUCACCCACGCUGCAACCGAUGAGAUCAUGACAUGGGCUUUCAACUCAUCCAUCAUCAAGAUCUAUCCGCACGGACGUGGAAACAUGGCCCCCUUCUACCGAAUGAGCCGUGUCAUCUCAGACAGCACCUUCCUCUGCCCUCAUCGACGCUUUGCCAAAGCCAUGUCAGAGCGCUACCCCAACUCCGUGUUCUACGCAGAGACCACAUUCGCUGGAGGGGAAGCGACUGAGAACACCAACUGGUUGUCUGCAUUGGUUCACAGAGACUUGGAGUACUUUGUUGGGGCUUGGCACAUGAACCAAGUGAAAUGGAUUUUCGGUGCCAAUGACACACUGAAGAUCUGCAACAGCACGAAACCUGGGGACACGGGCUUUGAUCCGGCACCAUGGUUGAAAGAAGACGAGCAAAUGCACCAGUUGGUGAAUUGUCACUAUGCGCUUUUUGCACAUUGCGGUAGCCCGGCUGCCACGAACUCGACCUGCGCUCAAGAGGUGUUGAAAGUUCACAGCUGUCGGGUUGCCGCAAGUGCAGGACUUCUGAGGCCAUCGCCGUUUCUGCCGUUCGAGGCCGCGGCCGAGAAGCGCUUCGCGCUGACACCGCUGACGUCGCCAUCCUACGUGGCACCCACAGCCGAGGAGAACAAACUCUGCGCUUUUUGGGACGCUCAAAAGCCCACGCACUUUCUGACCUCGGCUUGCAGAUCCUGCGCCCACGCCAAGCACGCCAAGCACGCCAAGGAAGCCCAUGAGAAGGAAAUCGUGGUUUUCCGUCGUGGUCGCCGGUCCUUGGCGAAGCCACAUUUGGGUCGCAUCACUGCG